AUGGAAGACGCCAUUAAAGGAGAAUCCUCCAGCCGGUCAUUUUGCAGUGCCAUGAAAGAGGCUGUGGACCGGCUUAGCCGAACAGUCUUUGGGAAGCCCUGGGAUGAGCGCUAUCGCCCUCCUGGAGCAUAUACAGGUGAAUUUCUGGGAAGGGAGUACCUUUACAGCCAGACUGGCAAAACACUGACUCCAGUGCUCCAGAACCCAGAGGAGGAAGACAGGCUGGAGGAAGUCGAUGACCAGGACCUGCAAGAUGAGGGAUUUGAGGAAGAGAUCAUGAGGACAUCACAGUUCCAGUGUUGCAACUCAGUUCAAGUGAUGAAUUACAACCUGCCAAGAGAGUGCAUUCGUAAAUAUUUUCCAUCACGAAAAUGUUUCACCUUCCCAUUCCCAACGAACCCAGACAAUGUCUCUUUUCUGGAGACACUGGACCCAGCUGAGAUUUCAAAACACUUCUUAGAAGUCACUGAUUGCUUCAGCCGGUUCAUCUUUGAUCACAGCCAAGUGAAAAAUCUAAAAGAUGGACACAAGGUUACUGGCAGAGAAUGUUUCCAGCUAACAGAAGUCACCAUCAUGGAAGCCAUCAGACAUCAGUUUGAUAGGUAUCUCUCCGACAACGAGAAGGCUUCUGAGGAAAAAUGUGAAAGUCUUAUGUCAGUUCUCUCUGAUCCAAUGACGGAAAGAAUCAAUCAAGGAUUCUAUGCCAGAGCAGGAGGUUACGACCUCUUCUGCCGGGACCUGGAGGACAUCGUGAAUCAGUACAAUUUGCUGGCGUAUAAAGAAGUCAAGAUUGCUGAGGUGUUGGAUAAGUUUUUGCAGCAAAAGGCUGCACUUACCACGGCCAUUCUGCAGGCUGAUGAUAAACUAACUGAAAAUGAAAGAAGGAUUUGUGAGGAGCGAGAGAGGGCAGUUCUUCUGGAAAAAGAAAUUAAGGCCCAGGAAGAGAGGCAGCGUCAGCUGGAGGAGAAGAUGGAGAUCGAACAACAGAAUAAUGAAGAAAGACUGAGACAGGUCAUACAGAAGAUGGAAGACGAGAUGUUCCUCCAACAACAGGAGACAAAGCUUGCAAUGGAGAGUAAGCUAAGAGAGCAGACUGUCCUGGUGAAAAAGGGCUUUCAAGAGAAAGCUAAUAGUAUGGCUCAGGAGAUAGAAGAGUUAAAGAGGAAGAAUGCAGAGGUAGAGGAAAGAACGUCAAGAAGUUAUGCACAAAUGAUAGCAGAUCAGGAGCGAAGAAACGCACAGAACAUGGAGGUGCUGAGGCAGCAGGACCAGCAGCAAAUGCAUGCGAUUAAUAGCAGACCUAGACCUACACUGUCAGAAAAAAUGUGUCAGAUUUGUACCUUUAGGGGUACAAUGGUUGUCACUGGGGCAGUACCCUCAAACGGACACAUAUUGUAUCUUUCCACAUGGAUACCCAGACAGCAAGCAAUCAUUGAAUCAAUGUCAACAAAUAGCUGA